CUAAAAAUGUGAAUUACAACUAUAACAAUAAAAUAAGUCCUUCUUUCUUUCGUUGUCUGAGCCAAACGAUCUCUCACUUUCAAAACCCAAAUACAGUGCCAAAAUCAGCAGAUCCAUUGAUACUUUUUCACUGAGAUUUAGCUGAGGAGGCUGGAAUUUUAAUUCAGCCGAAGCCUCCUUAAAUAAGGUUGGAAUUACAGUGGCAAAUAUCUUGAGGUGUUAGAGAAGGGUUGAAGGAAUGAUGAAAGGAUGCAAAUUUAAUAUACUGAAAGGAAUCCAUGUUUCUAUUGCUCUCCUUACUCUGUGUUUUUUAGUUAUAAUGCUUUCGCCAUGGAAGAAUAAUCCUUUUCUUACUACUCUUCUAUUGGCCCAACAACGUUUUAGACAACCUUCUUCAGACUUGCUUGUGGAUGCACCAAAUAAUUCUUCAAUUUCCAGGAGCCGUGGAGGGCAUACAGAGGAAGCCAAUAAGUCAUUUUUGAAAAAAGAAGCAACAAGGACGGGAGAACAUCAUAAUUCUUCUUCAUCUGCAGAACCUGUAACCACAUUCUCUUCUGAAGAUAAUGAUAGUGAUGAGGAGGAGUUAUCCCCCCAAAAUGCAGAUUGCAACUUUGCCAAGGGUAGAUGGGUUGCUGACAGCAAGCGGCCAUUGUAUUCUGGGUUUGGAUGUAAACAAUGGUUAUCAGUAAUGUGGGCUUGCAGACUAACCCAACGGACAGACUUCUCUUUUGAGGGAUAUCGAUGGCAGCCUAAGAAUUGUAAAAUGAAAAAGUUUAACCGGUUUUCAUUCUUGAGAAGAAUGCGGAAUAAAACAAUUGCCUUUGUAGGAGACUCAUUAGGCAGGCAGCAGUUCCAAUCCAUGAUGUGUAUGGUCUCAGGCGGGGAACAUAUUAUAUAUGUUGAAGAUGCUGCAAGGGAAUAUGGGCUUGUUAAACCUCGUGGAGCCAAGCGUCCUGAUGGAUGGGUCUAUCGUUUCACAAAAACAAAUACCACCAUUUUAUAUUACUGGUCAGCUAGCCUCUCAGACCUGGUGCCUAUUAACAGCACAGACAAAGCCUCAGAUGUUGCCAUGCAUUUGGACCGUCCACCAGCUUUCCUGCGACGAUACCUUCAUCGUUUUGAUCUAUUAGUUUUGAAUACAGGUCACCACUGGAACAGAGGAAAGUUUGAAGGAAACCGUUGGGUGAUGCAUGUUAAUGGGAAGCCCAAUGAGAAUAAAGAAUUUGAAGAUAUUAGGAAUGCCAAGAAUUUCACAGUGCAUAGUUUUGUCAGGUGGCUAGAUUCACAACUUACAUCACACCCACGGCUGAAAGCUUUCUUUAGGACAAUCUCUCCAAGGCACUACCGCAAUGGAGAUUGGAACACCGGAGGUACUUGCAAUAAUACCAUUCCCUUGACUAAUGGUAUUGAGGUCUUGCAAGAUGGAUCUAAUGACAAAGUUGUGGAGAGUGCUGUUAGGGGCACAAAGGUAAAGCUUUUGGAUAUAACUGCGAUUUCUGAACUCCGAGAUGAAGCUCACAUGUCUGGUUACAGUAUUAGGCCGACACAGAGUGUCAAUGAUUGCUUGCAUUGGUGCCUACCCGGCAUACCAGACACAUGGAACGAAAUCCUUAUUGCACAGAUAUAGGACCUUCCAUGCAUAUGGUAUGAAGAGGCAGUUUUAUGAAGAUACAACACGGAGCUGGUUUUAAAAUUACCUUAAUUCUUUCAUAUUUCCUCCCUUUUGUACUUGAUUAGAGACUAGGUAAAUCAUUUCUCCUUUUUCACCACUGAGAAUGUCAUUGUUGAAAACCAAAAUGUAUUUUGAACAGCUUGAUGUCUACGGUAACGCAACAAAUAAACACAUGCAAUUCAGCAUUUGAUUUC